CCGUCGGAUCGGUCAGGAACGGAAAAACGUAGCUCGCGGGCUGCUGUUAGUCACUUGUAGGGAAGUUAGCACCAGUUGAUUGAAAGGUAGUCAAUCAUUCAAUUCAACUUGGUCCUUCCACUCCACUUUUGCCCUGUCUGCCAUUGCCAUUGCCAACGGAAAUUUCAACUGCACUGGUUUCUGGCUGUGUUUUGAGCUUUGUGUCUCACCAACAUUCGACACGGUGGUCCAAAAAUAGUUUUCAGGUGAAGCACUGGGAAUUCCAGUCAAAUGGAUUAUUGGUGAUGUAAAGUGGAUUCACUACAAAGUGCUAUUAGGAAAAAGUGGUUUAAAUUAUUUACUGACAGAAACGCAUUUCUUGGUGGUUAAGUGUCCUGCUUGAGCUGAUAUCGAAAUUAGUGUACUUCUACUAUCUUCAAUCGACUUUCCGCCAACAGGAUUGGUACAAAUCACGCAUACCUACCUAAUUGUCUGUGAUAGCUGUAAUCUUUUUGGAAGCUGCUUACUGGAACGAAAGUUUUUGACUCUUUUUUUAAUGUCAUAGAGUAAAGAUAGGAACAAGUAGAAACGUGUCUCUUACCAAACGGGUAUACGAAAAGACAUAGACUAGAUCCUGUGUCAACGGAGAAAUACAAGUUGUCACAAAAUAAUCUCACGUUCGGAAACGAAACGCAAAAAAAAAAAAGAAAACACUUCUUCGCGAUACGUGGCACGAUUCGGACGGAUUGUACGGGUUGAAAUUGUGAACUAAGGAAUGGGAAGACCUCCGACAUAAUCAGAUUUUCCAAUCGAAAAACAAGGAUCUUUACCUAAAGCAUCCGUCGCCAUUACAGCGAACGUAAAUCGAAUUUCGUUGAUUGUUGGGUAUGUUCUGUGAGCGGGGGAUACACAAAUGUUAGGCAGUGUCGCAGGAUAAAUGUACCCCGAAAACGGAAAUAUGUGUUUUUGUGUCCAAUAAAUAUCGGGCGACGUAAUGCCGAUACGGCACAGUUCCGAUACUCCAGCAUCGGAAAAUGUGCCGGUUGAGUUUUGGGUUGGCUGAUGUCAGGAAAAGGUCUGUGUGUGAAAAUUGAUUGAUAUCCCAGCAAGGGUUGUGCGCGAAAUGAAGUAUUAGUUUCCAACAAGGUGUCAAAAGAAAAUUGAAAACACGCAACAAGGAUUUCAGUAAUCGGCACAAAGGUGGUAGAGUUUCCUGUGGCCUACGGGAUUCGGUGAAAGUUUUACAUUGUGGCAAGGAAAAACAGACAAAUCCUCCGAAAGUAAAUAGUGAGGCUGAUUCGUUGCCGAGACUACGGAUUAGAGCGGCCUCAGCGAUGGAAUCCUGAGUAACAAAAAACUAUGAGCAAACUUCGCCGGAUUAGUUGACAUUCGAGUUCCGAAGCCGUGCACAAUAUUUUAAGUGAAGAUGAUCGGUAGUGUUGGUGGUCGACAUAUGUCGACUAGGAGGCGCGGUUCCUCGCCGAUGGUUCGGAUGGGCAACAACCUGAACCUGCAGCUGGAGCCACCGGAUGGCCUAAUUACACCGCGUGUUUCACCCCGCCGGCGGCGGGCAGUUACUACCAGCGACCAUAAGAGCUGUGCUUUAAUACAAACAAGACUGAAACUUGGAGAUAUAAUGUUGGCAGCGGCCCAAGAAGCGGCGCUUGCAGGUCAGGGCUCCAACGGGGGCCAGUUCGGGCGGAAGGGAGGCCAAUACUUAGCUGAUAAGAUGGGCGGCCCCAGCAGUCAGGGGGGCCAACCUCCAUCGGGAGGUGGGCCCACAUCGCUCUUCAUCCUCUCAGAGGAUAACAUCAUUAGGAGAUACACAAGAUUCAUAAUCGAAUGGCCACCCUUUGAAUAUGCGGUACUGCUGACAAUCAUUGCCAACUGUGUGGUACUGGCACUCGAGGAACAUCUGCCCCACGGCGACAAAACACUGCUUGCCCAGAAGCUGGAAAAAACGGAAGCCUACUUCCUGGGCAUCUUUUGCGUGGAAGCCUCGCUGAAGAUCCUCGCCUUGGGGUUCGUCAUGCACAAACACUCCUACCUCAGGAACAUAUGGAACAUAAUGGAUUUUUUCGUCGUAGUUACGGGCUCAAUGACGAUUUUCGCCGAAGCGAACGUUGAUGUCGAUUUGCGUAUGCUUCGAUCGUUUCGUGUUCUGCGACCGCUUAAACUCGUUAGUAGGAUUCCAAGUUUACAAGUAGUUUUAAAGUCUAUCAUCAAAGCCAUGGCACCGUUGCUGCAAAUAGGAUUGUUGGUCUUGUUUGCAAUUGUUAUCUUUGCAAUCAUAGGCUUAGAGUUUUACUCUGGUGCUCUGCAUAGAAGUUGUUAUAGUUUAGAAGAUAUCUCUCAAAUAGUUAAGGAGGGCGAAUUUCCGACGCCCUGUAAUGCGGACAAUGACACGAUAGCACCGACCGGGGCGUACGUGUGUAACAGCAGCGAGAGCACCUGUGUUGAACAGUGGGAAGGUCCCAACUUCGGAAUCACCAGCUUCGAUAACAUCGGUUUCGCGAUGUUGACCGUGUUCCAGUGCAUCACCAUGGAAGGCUGGACGGCAAUCCUUUAUUGGACCAACGACGCGCUGGGGUCAACUUUCAACUGGAUCUAUUUCGUGCCGCUAAUAGUGCUGGGGUCAUUCUUCAUGCUGAACCUGGUUCUCGGUGUUCUCAGUGGAGAGUUUGCUAAGGAAAGAGAGAAAGUAGAAAAUAGGCAGGAAUUUCUAAAGCUUCGUCGACAACAGCAGCUAGAAAAGGAGCUGAAUGGAUACGUCGAGUGGAUCUGCAAAGCUGAGGAGGUAAUACUGGCUGAAGAGCGAACUACCGAAGAGGAAAGGCUUCACAUCCUGGAAGCUCGUAGGCGGGCGGCAGCCAAGCGGAAAAAACUGAAAAAUCUUGGCAAAUCAAAAUCAACCGACACAGAGGAGGACGAUCCGGAUGAUGACUGUGGUGAGGACGUUUAUGUCACGAAGCGAAAGAAAGGUUACCUGAAGUCCAAGGUCCGCACCCAAGGGAAGUGCAAAGGAUUCUGGCGGGCGGAGAAACGGUUUCGCUUCUGGAUCCGGCACACGGUCAAAACGCAGUGGUUCUACUGGUUCGUCAUCGUGCUGGUGUUCUUCAAUACGGUCUGCGUCGCAGUGGAACACUACGGUCAACCGGACUGGUUGACGAAGUUUCUCUACGUUGCUGAGUACGCUUUUUUGGGACUGUUCAUGAUGGAGAUGUGGAUCAAGAUGUACGCACUUGGACCGCGGAUCUACUUUGAAUCGUCGUUCAACCGGUUCGAUUGUGUCGUCAUCAGUGGAUCCAUCUUCGAGGUGGUGUGGUCCGCGGUGAAGGGAGGUUCCUUCGGUUUGUCCGUGCUGAGAGCUUUAAGAUUGCUUAGGAUAUUUAAGGUCACAAAAUACUGGUCGUCACUGCGAAAUCUCGUGAUAUCGUUACUCAACUCGAUGCGAUCCAUCAUUUCAUUGUUGUUCCUGCUCUUCUUGUUCAUACUGAUUUUCGCUCUGCUGGGAAUGCAACUGUUCGGAGGACAGUUCAACCUACCGGAUGGGACGCCGCCAACGAAUUUCAACACUUUUCCGAUUGCACUGCUGACGGUGUUCCAGAUUUUAACCGGUGAAGAUUGGAACGAGGUCAUGUACCAGGGCAUCGAGUCCCAGGGUGGCCACAAGAAGGGUAUGAUCUACUCGCUGUACUUCAUCAUCCUGGUACUGUUCGGUAACUAUACACUGCUAAAUGUGUUCUUGGCUAUCGCCGUCGACAAUUUGGCAAACGCACAAGAACUGACUGCCGCUGAGGAGGAGCAGAUGGAGGAGAACAAAGAGAAACAGCAGAUGGAGCUGGACAAGGAAAUGGAAGCCCUGCACAUACAAACUGAUGGUUCCCCGCCCCGGGUUGAGGUUUCUUCGCCUUCCCCAUCCCGGGGGAACGGUAGUAAGGCGAGCAAAAAGGACGAGGAAGACAAAGAGGAAGAUGACGAUGACAUUCCGGAUGGGCCGAAGCCCAUGCUUCCGUAUUCGUCGAUGUUCGUUCUAUCGCCAACGAAUCCAAUUCGUUGUGCCGCACAUUGGGUAGUUAAUUUGCGUUACUUCGAUUUUUUCAUCAUGGUCGUCAUAUCAAUGUCAUCCAUCGCACUAGCCGCAGAAGACCCGGUCGAGGAGAAUUCGCGUCGUAAUGAGAUUCUAAAUUUUUUCGAUUACGCCUUCACGGGAGUCUUUACGAUCGAGAUGUUACUGAAGAUAGUGGAUCUGGGAGUGAUUCUGCAUCCCGGCAGCUACCUGCGUGAAUUCUGGAACAUCAUGGACGCCGUAGUAGUCAUUUGUGCGGCCGUCAGUUUCGGCUUCGACAUGACUGGAAGUAGUGCCGGUCAGAAUCUGUCCACAAUCAAAUCCUUGCGAGUGUUGCGAGUGCUACGACCGUUGAAAACCAUUAAACGAGUGCCAAAGCUGAAAGCGGUCUUCGAUUGCGUCGUUAACUCGCUGAAAAACGUCACCAACAUUCUGAUCGUGUACAUUCUCUUCCAUUUCAUUUUUGCUGUCAUUGCGGUGCAGCUGUUCAACGGCAAGUUCUUCUACUGCACCGAUGAUAGCAAACACACCAGCGAUGAGUGCAAGGGUUCCUUUUUCGUGUACGAUGGCCCAGAUCAACUACCAAGGCGGGAAGUUCGGGAGUGGAGAACGCAAAGCUUUCACUAUGACAACGUGGCUACAGCCAUGUUGACACUGUUUGCUGUGCAAACCGGAGAAGGCUGGCCUCAGGUUCUACAAAACUCGAUGGCAGCUACCUACGAAGACAAGGGUCCAAUCCAAAAUUUCCGAAUCGAAAUGUCCAUAUUCUACAUAGUGUACUUCAUCGUGUUUCCAUUCUUCUUCGUUAACAUAUUCGUGGCCUUGAUUAUCAUCACAUUCCAGGAGCAAGGUGAAGCAGAACUGCAGGACGGAGAAAUAGAUAAGAAUCAGAAAUCGUGCAUAGAUUUUACGAUAGGUGCUAGACCGUUAGAACGUUAUAUGCCAAACAAACGUAAUAGUUUUAAAUAUAAAGUCUGGCGAAUCGUCGUCUCCACGCCAUUCGAGUAUUUCAUAAUGAUGUUGAUCGUGUUCAAUACGUUACUACUGAUGAUGAAGUAUCACAAUCAAGGAAAAGAGUUUGAGAAAUCGUUAAAGUAUCUCAACAUGGGAUUUACCGGGAUGUUUAGCGUUGAGACGAUACUGAAAAUAAUAGGAUUUGGCGUAAAGAAUUUUUUCAAAGAUCCUUGGAAUAUAUUCGAUUUUAUAACAGUUAUUGGAAGUAUUAUCGACGCAUUAGUUUUAGAAUUAGGGGAAAACUCAUUCAACGUUGGAUUUUUAAGACUGUUUCGUGCUGCACGAUUAAUCAAACUACUCCGACAAGGUUAUACAAUACGAAUAUUACUUUGGACAUUUGUUCAAUCAUUCAAAGCACUGCCAUAUGUCUGUUUGCUGAUUGCCAUGCUAUUUUUUAUCUACGCAAUUAUUGGCAUGCAGGUUUUCGGAAAUAUGAAGUUCGAUCCGGACACCGCCUUAAAUCGUCAUAAUAAUUUUCAGACAUUUUUCGGAGCGCUACUGCUGCUUUUUCGAUGUGCAACAGGCGAGUCGUGGCCGAACAUUAUGCUGGCAUGUCUCAAAGGGCGACCGUGUGACCCGAAAGCAGGCAAGAGCAACGAAACGUGCGGAUCGACGAUGGCCUACGCAUACUUCGUGUCGUUUAUCUUCCUGUGUUCGUUUCUUAUGCUGAAUCUGUUCGUUGCCGUCAUCAUGGACAACUUUGACUAUCUGACACGUGAUUCCAGUAUUCUCGGUGCCCAUCAUCUAGACGAAUUUGUACGGAUAUGGGCCGAAUACGAUCCAAAUGCUACGGGUAAAAUACUUUAUACAGAAAUGUAUGAUAUGUUGAAAAACAUGGAUCCUCCUUUGGGAUUUGGUAACAAAUGUCCCAACCGACUCGCCUACAAGAAGCUCAUCCGCAUGAAUAUGCCACUGGAUGCGGAGGGGAAGGUCGGCUUUACUACGACCCUCUUUGCGCUGAUCCGAGAAAACCUGAACAUCAAGAUGAGAACGGCCGAAGAAAUGGACCAGGCAGAUCAGGAACUGCGCAACACGAUCAGCCACAUCUGGCCGCUGCAAGCGAGAAAGAUGCUGGACCUGCUAGUCCCCCGGAAGGAAGAACUGAACAAAAGUAAACUGACGGUGGGCAAAAUAUACGCCGGGUUGCUCAUCCUCGAGUCCUGGCGGAACACCAAGUUCGGCCAGAUUGAGUCGGAUCUUCCGGCUCAAGAUGCAAGCAAUAAUAGUCCCACGGCCAGACUGCCGAAGCCAUCCCUGUUCAAUGCGAUCCUCGACAUGGCCGCCCUCGAGAAAACGGGCGGUUCGCGAACCGGUUCGCUGAGCAUCGAGAACGGCGAAGGCGUCAACUCGCAGACCCAUCUGCUGUACGUACAGCAACCGAAUGGCAACCAUGGCGGCGGACACGAAGGCGACCAUGAGGGUACCCUGGCCAGUCUGGCCCGACGAACCACCAUGCGCAAGCGGUCUUUCAGGAACAGAAAGGAGCUACAGGAUGUCUCCCGUCAGCCGUCGCUGGAAUCGCUAACCGGUGCGGAUGGUCACCUGCAUCCAGGUCAUGGCUAUCACAAUGGACACCGCCGAUCGCCAAGUUUGAGACGAGAAUCGCCUUUGGUUAGGACACCCAGUCCCAGGCGGCGCAGUCACCUACAUGAAAUUGGCUUUUCAGACACGGUUUCCAACGUGGUCGAAAUACAGAAGGAAGAGCACAGACGUGGUAUGCAUUUCGACUACUUGCGCAGACAUCAUCGAGGUUCCUGGUCAGCAUCAACCAGCCCCGCCCGUUCGCCGUCACCCAGUCGUAUCGGUGUACAUAGUAGUGCCCAGCAUCGUAGUCGAAAAGAUCGUCCCAAAAACCACCCGGCCCACCAAGCGUACGAUACGACAAUCCUCUGCGAACGAUCACGAUCGCCGAGUCCUGCCAGUUUGCUCCAAGAGCUGCGGGACCGGAAUCAUGCGCGACGGAAGUAUAGGAAUGGAAUGGGUCCUCCAGGUCAUGUCCAACACAGCUAUCCAGUUCUGGUGACCCGAAGGCAAGGCCAGGGACGAAGACUGCCACCGACGCCGUGCAAACCGUCGACACUGCAGUUAAAGCAAACCAACAUCAAUUUCCCGAAGCUAAAUGCUAGUCCCACUCACACGUUGCAUUCAACUCACACAACGCCGCACAGUGUUCACUCGAUGCCACCGACACGGGACUUCCUUCGGGAGCGUGAUCGCGACCGAGACCGUGACCGGGAUUUGUACUAUCGGGAGCGCGACCGGGAGCGGGACCGCGAACGCUACAGGAGUAGCCGCGAGCGGGAAUCACGGGACUAUGGUCAACUGCAGUACGAGUUCCGAGACCGGGAACGGGAGCUUUACGAACGCGAGCGGGAAAUUGAACGAGAGUUCGAGCGGGAAUACGAACGCAUGGAACACCACGUGCCUCUCUCGUACGAGCAGGCCCUGGCGAUGGGUCGAACCGGUGGACGGGUUCUUCCGUCACCGAUACUGAACGGUUACAAGCCAAAAGGAGGCGGCAGUGGCCUUCACUCGUCCCGCCACUCGGAUUCGGACGACGAGGACUGGUGCUAGCACAGGGUGAGACGGCGCCAGUGCGACAGGAAACGCAGGGAACAGAUUUGGGUGUGAUGCGUAACUGGUGGUGGACUGAACGACGGGUUUUUCAGCCGGCCGUUGUACAAUUGGACGCUCCGAGUGGAGUAGGUUCAUCGACUAACAACGGCUGACCCGAUAAUAAUGCACAGAAAUUUUGCUUUAUCAUAUGCACCCAAGUUCCACGGGUGACAGAAAAAAACGCAUCCCGCUUCAAGACAGUGUCAGUGUGAUGCCAAACUAGCUUAACAGGAGCGCUAUCAUCAACGGUAUUUGGUAGUGGUUGCAUGAGAUUCCCUUCAUACUACGAGUAAGGCCUUAGUUAGAACGAUUUCAAAACUGAUUACCGAUUCAACAUUUUGUGAGAUGAACCAAAACGCCGUAGAAGUCGUAGUUAAUCGUUACGAAAUUAAAAAAAAGUGAACAAACUGAACCUGCCUUUAAAAGCCACAAAUGAGAGCAAACGUAGAUCGUCGGAGAAACAAUACAAACAAAUCUUUAAUAACACGCGAUGGUAAUUUAAAACUAACGUUGAGCAGAAUAUCCUUCUGAUAGUUACUAAUUUUUCAAAUGUUUAAUCUUUCUCAAUAGCAAAUCGAAACCGUUUGUAAAUAGUUAAAGAAUGAAAUAUUCCAUCUCUAGUCUAACGCAAAAUAUUUUCCAGCAUCAAGACCAUAUGCGCUUCAGCCAAGAUUUUUCACACUUCGAUAACAUUUGUCGGAUCGGGUAUUCAACCGGAUGACCAUUUGGAAUAGUAUUCCGGGUGCCGUUGUCACUUUUAUCAUCAAACACUUUCAUCACUAAUCUGACAACAUCUAGAUGAAAAGACUGAAAUUCAAAAUAAAAUAUCGGAGGAAUACAAACAAAAAUCAAUGAAAAAUUGCGAUUGAUUUGUUUAGGUAUUUAGUGUGAGUCGCGAUAGGAAAAAUGUUAUUGGAACCCGUAGACUAUUUACUAUUUAUAGAAGACAAAAAAAACACACUCAAACAACCAGCGGAGCGCAGGUAUUUUAAGAACACGACGUACACCGAAAUUUUUGACGAUGCAGGGAAUUUAAUUUUUACCAGGAUAGAAAUGUAGCCAAACGGAUAGAAACGUUUAGAAGUCGUUGUUGGUUUGAUAAUUUGUGGAGUGUUUUUGGCAGCUUUUUGCUAGACGGUAGACGCGGCUCGAACAAAGCUGAACAGGCUGAAGUAGUCGUUUUUUUUGGGUCCAGAAUAGUUGGGCUUAACUUUUAUAUGACUGUAUUUAUGGAGAGACAAAAAAAUCGUAGCGAUUAGUUUCAACUAGUUUGGGAGUUUAGAAUAGGGAGAGUACGACCUACAUCAAACACUUGACAGCCACCGCUAAAAGAAUCGUUCCAAUGGUCAUCAGAUGGUUUGAAUAAUUGUAUAACUUUAAUCUGGAGAGUUUUGUACAAAACCAAUAUUAAUGUGCAUAGUUUUGUUGCUCAAACAUACUACAGAGGUUUCUAUUCUGUUUCAUAAAUAAAACAUUAGCCCAGCAUGAGGAAUCAGCGCUAUCGUUUGUCAUUGAUGCAUUUCCUACGAGAUUUUCGUUUCAUUAGGAUUUUUCGUCAUCAUAAAUUAAGAUCGCCUUUCUGUAAGGUCAUAUUGAAAUGCAACAACUUUACAACACAUGCUUGAAUUGCCAUACUGCCAAACUUUAGCCAGAUGGGACAAUUGAAAAACAAACAAAAGAAAAACCACUAAUCAAAUAGGCCAUUUUUUCUACGAUCUACGAUAAGUAAACAACGUUCAAGUCAAAUAAACAGUUUGAAAGUUUCGAUAAUCCGCGAGAAUGCUAGAGUCGAAUCGGCCGAACAAACUAAUCGUGUAUACAAAUAUUUAAUAAACCACGGUGAGGAAAUAGUGAGAUAUAAUCCUAGAUGGACUAUUGAUGUGCGUAUAUAAAGAGAAAGAAGAUAAAGACAGUAACUCGCGAAGAACCAUUCUCACAAUGUGAGACAGACAGACCUGUUGUAGAGUUAGGAUCCGAAACGUUAUCCCUAUAUGAAGUUUAACCAAACGACACACAGUUCAACCAUUAGCUCAUCGUUCAUCCAUCGCUUAGCUGUUAGAAGAAGAGAGAAAAAAAAACGCGAACUUUAGAACUUAGGUUAAAAUAUGUACAGGAUAAUAUUAAAACAAACAAAAACAAAAAUAGAACCAACCAUUGGCAUCGGAGAGGAAAUAUUUCUAUCAAAAUAUAUUAUGGAACAAAAUACUUUUUAAUCUCUAGCGAAAACCUGUAAAUACAUUUUUCUGUGAUAUAUAAAUUGCGAAAAGGUAAAAGUUGCUGACGUGCGGGUUCAGAUUCAAGCGUCACAAUUGACUGGCGGCCAGUUCUGGGUACGGUUUCCGUAGCAUUCCGCGUUAGUUAUUUCAUUUGCCUGGAACAAACCCUCCAAAAUCUGAUUACUCGGGGUUCGGGUCCAAAAAAAAUACUUUUGCUUUCCGCAGUCACUGCAUUGCAUAAGGGUCUGGUCGCAAAGGCUGCAAUGUUAAGUGGUUAGGAAGAAUUAUUUGAACAACCUGUUAGUGUAUGUUUCCAAAACAACAGACAAUUUAUUAGCUGUUCAUGUCAAAAGUUUUUUUUUUCUUCAGAUAGUGCGUGUGACUGUUGUAUGUUUACGGUGCCAUUUAAUUUGCUAUUUUGUGUUCCACUAUAGAUAUUGAAGGUCUCAUAGUAGUCAAAUCGGUAUUUAAACUAGUCUGUUGCGAAAAUUUUGUUAAUCAGUUUAGUUUACCAUGAGGUAUAGCCAAUAAUGAAAUGAGACGAUUUUAGAUGAAAUUCUGACGAGAAAGAAGAAACAGUACGGAAUGCUUAAUUAGGUACCUAUCGAAUAGAUUUUUUAAAAGAAUAUGUUCAAAAAGAUUUAUGAAAGAAAAUAAAUGGAAAUCUUUGAAUCGCUUA